AUGGCACGCCGACGGCCGCCGCUCCAGCAAAAGGGCAUCAAACGACUGCGAGAUGCAUCCUCUGACUAUCCCGAUAACCGCACUAAUGCUCCACUGUCGUUUUCUUCAGAUGCUGUAGAUACUGUGAAAAAGCUGCAGCGUGCGUGCCAGGAGCUUCAGCUGUCGAGUCUCCCGCCUGUGAUGACAGGGCGCGAGGACGAGCGAGACGAGAUUUAUACGGCACUGCGCUCCUCCAUCGAGCAGCAGAGUGCCGGAGGUCCUAUCUAUAUCAGUGGCCUCCCAGGUGCAGGAAAGACGUCCAUUGUAAAGGAGGUUAUUCGUAUGCUGGAGUCGCAGCGGGAUGCCGGUGAUCUGCGCAACUUUGCGUGGGUGGAGGUCAAUGGCCUGCAAAUGCCACGACCUGAUGUCGCUUAUAGUGUACUAUGGAAGGCUUUGCAGUCGCCUGGAAACGAAGUAGAUCACAAGCUGCAGCCGUCACGCACGUGUAUGAGCGCUGCACGUCUGUGUGAGGUUCUCCAGCGCGAGUUCCACACCCAAAGCUCUGCACGCCCCAUGCUCUUGGUACUGUUAGAUGAGAUGGACUUCAUGUUGGCUGGCAAGAACCAAGUGCUGUACAAUCUCCUAGAGUGGCAAACGUCUGCUACAGCCAAACUCGUGCUAGUUGGCAUUGCUAACACGAUGGACUUGCCGGAGCGACUGCCGACUAAAAUCCGCAGUCGACUGGGUGGUCAUCGCAUCACCUUCCCAGCGUACACAAAGGCUCAGCUUGAGAAUAUUAUUCAGCAGCGUCUGCUACAGCUAGACAUUUUCAGUGAGGAAGCUAUUCAGAUCUGUGCCAAGUCGCUGGCACACCAGUCGGGAGACGUGCGUCAAGCACUAUCGCUUUGCCGGAAAUCAGCUGAAGUGUGCUUGCACCGGCUUACCGCGUUAGACCGUGAUGGGGCAGUUGAAGGCGGAAACGAGCAAUUUGUGACGGGUGAAGACUUACACGACGCUCAACAGGCAGUGUCGGUGUCAGCUCCCAUGAGCCGUCUGCGCGCAUGCAGUAAGUUCGAAUGCACGUUCUUGGUUGCACUUCGCAUGGAAGUACGUGCGAAUGCAGCUCGCGGGAUUAAUAGGAGUGGUGCAGAGCUGGAAGCCGUGAUCGAGCGUUUCGCAAUUUUGUGCAAGACGCACUCGUUCGCGCCGAUUCCGCGACUGCGUGGACUGUUAUUUAUCUGUGACGAGUUAGAACGUUCGGGGGUCAUUAAGCAGAUCUCGACACACACGUCGUCUCGUUACCCUUUGCUGGAAUUGCGGUGCUCACACCAAGAACUUCAGGAUGUCUUCCUUAUGCACCCUAUCGGCAUCCAGCUAAUUUCGUAA